GUUUCUUCUCCUGAUGCUGUUCUGCACAUGAAAGGAGGAGCAGCUCCCGAGGAGGCAUGGCAUGAGCUGGAAGCAGCCGCUGGAGGUAAGAGUGACCGUAGAAGAUGUCGAACCAGAGUACUGGUGACACCAAGCCCCCAUGUUUACCCCGGAAUGGACUAGUGAAGAUCCCCAACCAGCCCAAUGGACUUGGCUCUGCCAGCAUCACCAAAGGGACACCAGCAGUGAAAAACCGGCUGUGCCAGCCUUCUUCCAUGCCUGCUAUCAUCAGCCCAGCCUUAUCCAAUCACAGUGACCUUCCCAUACCCAGUCUGGCAUCACCACUGUCCUUGGCAACUCUGGCAGGGGUGCCGUCCCCUUCUGGCACCUCCAUGGUGGGACUGAACUUGAGUGAGGCCUCCUCGACAAAUGAGCACCCCUCCCCAGAGAGGCACCCUGGCUCCCCCACGGAAAGGCAGCUUGCUGUGGAUGAGAAGAUCCUCAACCGUUUGUUCUGGUACUUUUCAGCCUGUGAGAAAUGUGUCCUGGCCCAGGUGUGUAAGGUGUGGAGGCGGGUCCUGUACCAGUCCAAGUUCUGGGUAGGCCUGACACCAGUGCUGCACACCAAAGAGCUCUACAAUACCCUGCCCAGUGGUGAGAAGGAGUUUGUUAACCUCCAGGGCUUUGCUGUCCGGGGCUUUGACAGCUUUUGUCUGGUGGGGGUCUCAGACCUGGACAUUUGUGAAUUCAUUGACAACUACCCCCUGUCCAAGAAAGGGGUGAAGUCCAUGAGCCUUAAGAGAUCGACCAUCACGGAUGCAGGGCUCGAGGUGAUGCUGGAGCAGAUGCAGGGCGUGGUGCGCCUGGAGCUCUCUGGCUGCAAUGACUUCACAGAAGCCGGACUGUGGUCAAGCCUGAACGCUCGCAUCACCUCCUUGAGCAUCAGCGACUGCAUCAAUGUGGCUGACGAUGCCAUCGCCGCCAUCUCCCAGCUGCUGCCCAACCUGACUGAGCUCAAUCUGCAGGCCUACCAUGUGACGGACACAGCCUUGGCCUACUUCACUGCCAAGCAGGGCUACACCACCCACACCCUGCGCCUCAGCUCCUGCUGGGAGAUCACCAACCAUGGGGUGGUCAACAUGGUGCACAGCCUGCCCAACCUGAGUGUGCUGAGUCUCUCUGGCUGUUCCAAGGUGACUGAUGAUGGGGUGGAGCUCGUGGCUGAGAACCUGCGGAAGCUAAGGAGCUUGGACCUGUCAUGGUGCCCUCGGAUCACUGACAUGGCCCUGGAGUAUAUCGCCUGUGACCUGCAUAAACUGGAGGAGCUCGUGCUUGACAGGUGUGUGCGGAUUACAGACACUGGACUCAGUUACUUAUCCACCAUGUCAUCCCUUAGGAGCCUGUAUCUCCGCUGGUGCUGCCAGGUGCAAGACUUUGGCCUGAAGCAUCUCCUGGGCAUGAGAAGUUUGCGCCUGUUGUCUCUUGCUGGCUGCCCGCUGCUGACCACCACUGGGCUCUCAGGCCUUGUCCAACUUCAAGACCUGGAGGAGCUGGAGCUGACCAACUGUCCUGGCGCCACCCCUGAGCUGUUCAAGUAUUUCUCCCAGCACCUGCCGCACUGCAUGGUGAUCGAAUAAGCAGCCCCAACCUUUGGAGCUGUCUCCUUCAAUCCCAACCCAACACUGAUCAACCAACCAGAGUUAUCAUUUUGUUUUAAUUUUAUGUUUUGGGAGAGAUGCUAACGACGCUGUUGAUUUAAAUCACCCACCAUGUGUACAGCAAUCAAGAGUUAGUUAAUCACAACAACGCAUUGGAUGAGGACACCUAGAGAGAGGGAUAUAUGCUGUCUCCAUAGAGAUGGGCAUCCAUCUGUUCCAUAAGACGCAAUCUCCUGCAAGAAUCUCUCUGCAAAGUUUGUAAAUUUUCCAUGCCUCCAUCAUCACUCAUCUUCUUUGUAAUGGUCUGUCCUGAAAAAAAAAAUUAUUUAAAAAUCACAGCUAAACAAAAUACCAACAAAAAAUGAGCGAACAAAACAAAGCGAAUGAAUUACCACGAUUAGAGAGUUGGGGCAGGUUGGCACGGUUUUAUGUCCUGCGUGGUGUCCCCCCUCAGUGCUGGAUCCCAUGUGGUUUCUGCCCAAUGUCUCAUGUCACAGCAGUUAGAAGUUCCUUCUGAGACCCCCACACUUCUGUGGGGCUUGGUGGUGAGUCUGGGGGAGGGGCCUAAUUGGAGCCUCUCCCCAUUCUGGAUGGUUGAAACCAGUGUUUCCAUCAUGGCAUAUGUUGGCAGGAGCUGAGCCAGAAAGCUAAGAAGAGAAGAGGAGAAUCCUGAGGGACAGAGAGACUCGAAGGAGAAAGGAUGAAAUUCCUGAUGCCGUGUGUUUGCUCUGUCUC